AACUGAUCUCCAUGGCUUAUUUUCGCCAAUAUGCAAAUUCGUGUUGGCGAAGUAGUUUAAUGGCGUUCUAUAUCCACAUAGCUAGAUCUGGUAUGUGACAACAGCUGGUGGCCUUCCACGUCGACGACUUUCUUCUACGUGGGCAGUCUCUUCGGCAAUGUCGUGUUCGGUUGGAUCGCCGACAAAUGGGGCCGAAGAACAGCCUUCUUCGCCAUCCUGUUCCUCGAGGUGAUAUUCUCCAUCGCCACGAGCUUCAGUCCGAAUUACGUGAUCUACACCGCGCUGAGGACUGUGAAUGGUCUCUUUUUUCCUGCCAUUUAUCAGAUACCUUUUAUACUUGCUCUCGAGCUGAUGGGACCAAGAUACCGAACAUUUGCCGGGAUGGUAAUCUGUAUGUUCUUCGCUACGGCAAUGUCUCUUCUAGCAUUGCUGGGUUAUUUGUUAAGGCACUGGUACACCUUAUCGUUAGCCACAUCGGUGCCUUUCAUUCUUCUCUUCAGUUACUACUGGAUCAUCCCCGAGUCACCGCGGUGGCUUCUCAGUAAGAACAGAAUAGACGAGGCGGAAGUAAUCGUCCAGCAUAUGGCAAAAGUCAACGGCAAAACAGUGCCUACGAACUUUCUCAGAAAAAUGGAGAUAGAAAUAUUAAAGAGACAAGGAAUAUCGUGUAACGGUAAGAACUCCGACGGCAGCAUCGAUAUGGAAAGCGAGAACAGAUCGCCGCCGUCGUCCGCGACACCCAUGGAUCUGAUUACGAAUCCGAACAUCAGAAAGAAAUUCUUCAUUCUCGCUUUCGAUUGGGUGGCGAACGCGGUAGUGUACAACGGACUGUCUUACAACACGACCAAUCUAGGUGUCUCCGAUUACCUGGCUUUCUUUAUCGGAGGUAUCGUAGAGAUUCCAUCGUACUUCAUUACGUGGUACGCGAUGGACAGAUUGGGCAGACGAUGGGUAUUAUGCGUGACCAUGAUGCUGGGUGGGCUCGCUUGCGUGUCGUGUAUGUUCGUGCCCGAAGACGCGGUCUGGAUAACCGUAAGCCUGGCGAUGAUCGGGAAAUUCGGCAUCGCUGCGUCCUUCGCCGUCUUCUACGUCUUCGUCGGUGAGCUACUGCCGACCGUGCUAAGGUCUCAGGCGAUGGGCAUAGCUUCUUUCAUCGCCGGCAUCGGCCUCCUCACCUUUCCCUACAUCGUUCAUUUGGCGGUAUACUCGAGAGUCUUACCCCUGAUCGUGAUGGGCUCGCUGAGCGUUGCCGGCGCCCUCACUUCCGUAUUCCUGCCGGAGACGCUCAACAUCCACCUGCCGCAGACGAUCGAGGAGGGUGAGCAGUUCGGGGCUGAUUUCAAGUUGUGGUCCUGUCCGACGAUACCAAAAAAAGGCUCAAACAAAUCCGAGUCCGUGCCGUUGAGGUAUCUGGUGAACGGUGGACCGGGUAGUCGUUCGUCUACCUCGAAGGUCGCGGCGCAGGAAGUCGCGACUACAUCGGAGAGCGAGAAGCCAGCUACCCUGCUGCCCUCAAAAGAAGAAGAGGCGAGGAACUUAAGCGUAUCCAAGGGAGAGGAGCUGACGAACAUCGAGACGGUUGUCGGGUCGAAAACGUCUAGCGUGAUAGUGGAAGUGAACGUGUGCCGGAAGUCGCAAUGAACCGAGAGAAAGAGAGAGAGAGAGACAAUCUUAUAAAUUGAUUCUCUUUACAAACAUUGUGUUAUAUAAUUAUCAGUAUAGACACACGCACAUUGUAUUUAUUUUUCCAUUUAUUAUAAUGUACUUCCUUUGUAAAACCUGCCUGAGUUUGUCGACAACACUGGCACGGCUCGAUCCUUGUCUCUUUUUCUGUGCUGCAAGAGAGUGUACUGUCGUCGCGAUGUAUGCGUGUGCGUGAUUGAUAUACGUGUGGGUUGAGGAUCAACGCCGUGAGAACUUUAGAGCGUAACGCCUAUACUUUUUUAUGUUUUUGAUUAGACGUGGAUUUUGCAUUUUGUCCUUACGUUUAUUAAACAAGAAAGUCUUGUUGUGAUUUCAAUUAGCUUAAAUAAAAUAUCUUAAUAUCUAUAUCGAUGCGGGAAUUUUGACGAGAUCGUUCGAGAAAAACCUUGCCAAUCCGUGCAUGAUUCACAUUUUACAAGCAUUAUAGCUCACAAAUGCUGAAAUAAAACAUAUUUACAUCGUCGGUUUGCAAUGUUGUGACAAGUAGAAAACUACACAGGCGGCCAGACAGUCGCCAAGGAGAAUCUAACAGUCGCCUGUUUCUGUUUAAAUGACAUCUUAGGCAAGUCCGUAAUAUCCUCGUUCCUCAUCUUUGAAUUUUUCGAGGAUCGGCUUCUACCGCGAUCAUUAAAGAGAUUGUCGUUGAA